AUGGGUGAUACCAUGGAUUUGCCUGAGGUGGCGAACAACGGAUAUGUGCAAGAAGGGAUCCGUGCGCUGGUGUUUACGACGCAGGUGGCUGGGAGCGUCAGGCUGCGAAGGUUGUGGAGUGCCGGCGUUGGUGACCAUCUGUACACCGCCGAUACGGUAGAGGCGGCACGCACCUUGACACAGAGCUACGUCUACGAGGACACGGUCACGCCGUUGUAUGUCUACCCAACUGCACAAUGUGGCUCCGUCCCCCUGCAUCGACUGUACAUCGGCGGCACCGUCACCGACCACUUCUAUACGGUCGACCCGGCGGAAAGGGACAGUGCCGUCAGUCAAGGGUACACAUACGAGUUCAUCGCAGGAUAUGUCUUCCCUCCCGAUGCGCAAGUAAAAACAACCACGCAGCAGAAAACAGAGGGAGGCACGUCUUCGGUGGCGCCAACCAAGCCAGCAGAAACGAUCUCCGACCCGAACGCAAAUCGCUCGAACUCCAGCACGACCGUUACGGCGCCGACCUCAGGACUAGACAACUUCACCGGCCCAGUUUCACCUGCGGCGACCUCCCUGCUUCCAACCGCGCUCGGGGACAACAAUGGUCCUAGUGCCAACGGCGUCAAUCCGUCCGUUCCUAUUCCGAGAUGCGACCGUGUCCUGGUCGGGGCCGUGCUAUCGUUGUUGGGCUUCACGAUAGUGUUGUGA